AUGAACUUGCACCGUGCGCGUAUUUAUGGUUGGUUUUGGUCGAGCCCCAAAAGGCAACGGAAGCGCAACCUUCUCAGUAUUCAUUGUUUUGGGCCAAGAAAAUCCGGGGCCUUACUACGUAAGAUUCGAUUGCAUUGUUCCACCCCCAAUCCAGACAUUAUUCUUCUCAAUCUGCACGAGACAGCUGGGCGUAGUUACCCAACUGACAAGAAGCUGAACGAGCGGAUUUGUGGGCACAAGAGAUUAGCAGAGCAGCACGGAGGUGGGGAGUUCAAGAAGAGGAUGAAUCAGCGAUUUGGCGGCGCGAGGCAGCCCACCGGCACUCCGUCGCUAGCCUGGUCGUGCGUCGUGGUCGUCGCCUCCCUCCUUGCCGGCGCCUCCGUCGUCCACAACAUCUACAAGCCCGAUCUGACGUUGCCUCCUCUGGAAAGCGUUGAGGAGGCCAAGAAGAAGCAACCCACGAAGGAAUGAAGGAAAAGCUCCCUGUCUUGAUACUUAGAGAUGGUUUUGGCUACAUAUUUUACUCCGUGACAAAGAGCCAAAUAACGAUUUCGCCAAUUGGCCGUUCUGCGAUCUUGCUUUGUUGUACCCAUUCUAAGUGUCGACUGCGUUUUUGUGCUUCCCAUUGCUCACGUAAUCUUUGUUCAUCUUUCUGCUAA